AGUUGUUCCUUCUUGACUGACUCUUCAAGCACUGAAACUUUUCCUAUAUAAGCACCACCCCAGUCUCUCCUUCGCACUCAGGCUCUCUCUUCUCUAGCUAAUUCCGAGCUCUAUUGCUUUAGCUACUUCUUCUUCUUCUAAAGCUUUAGCUGCUCCCAAUUACUUGAAGUUUUUAUAUUCUGCAAGCAACCCAGAAAAACAAAUGGCUGCUUCUUCAGUUCUCAGAUCAAGCUUUCUUCUUCCUUGUGCUUAUAUUCAAGAUACCCAUUCUUUCUCUACCCAGCUGCUGCCUCAUAAACCCACCAACACCAAGCGAAAGCUCCGUGGAACUGUAGUAGCUGCCUUGGACAAUAAUGCAAGAGAUGAUAAUGGUGCCAUGGUUAUAAGAGAAAACGAGACAAACCAGAGAAGAUCUCUUAACUUCUCUGGAACUAAACCAUCUACACCAAUCCUUGAUACUGUUAACUUUCCCAUUCACAUGAAAAAUCUUUCUGUUCAGGAGCUUGAGGUAUUGUCUGAUGAACUGCGAGAAGAGAUAGUUUAUACAAUUUCAAAGACUGGAGGGCACUUGAGUUCAAGCUUAGGAGUUGCAGAAUUAACGGUAUCACUUCACCAUGUAUUUAACACUCCUGAAGACAAAAUCAUCUGGGAUGUUGGCCAUCAGGCCUACCCACAUAAGAUUUUAACAGGCAGGAGAUCAAGAAUGCACACAAUUCGACAAACUUCUGGGCUUGCAGGGUUCCCAAAGAGGGAUGAAAGCGAACAUGAUGCCUUUGGAGCUGGACAUAGUUCUACAAGCAUUUCAGCUGGGCUAGGUAUGGCAAUUGGCAGAGACUUGGUGGGGAAAAAGAAUCAUGUAAUUGCAGUUAUAGGUGAUGGUGCUAUGACGGCAGGACAGGCAUACGAGGCAAUGAACAAUGCAGGAUAUCUUGAUUCGAAUCUUAUUAUAAUCUUGAAUGAUAACAAGCAAGUUUCUUUGCCUACUGCUACUGUGGAUGGCCCUGCACCUCCUGUUGGUGCUCUGAGCAAAGCCUUAACUCAGCUACAAUCAAGUAGGAAGCUUCGCCAGUUGCGUGAAGCUGCAAAGGGCAUCACAAAGCAAAUUGGAGGUCAAACACAUGAGGUUGCAGCUAAAGUUGAUUCCAUUGUUAGAGGAAUGGCUGCUGGUUCUGGGGCCAGCUUAUUUGAAGAGCUAGGACUCUACUAUAUCGGUCCAGUUGAUGGCCACAGCGUGGAGGACCUUGUAACUAUAUUAAAGAAGGUCAAGUCAUUACCUGCACCAGGACCUGUACUUAUCCAUGUGAUCACUGAGAAAGGGAAGGGUUAUGCUCCAGCUGAAAUAGCUGCUGAUAAAAUGCAUGGUGUUGUGAAAUUUGAUCCAACCUCUGGGAAACAAUUGAAGUCCAAAUCAAGCACUCGUUCCUACACUCAAUACUUUGCAGAGUCUUUGAUUGCUGAAGCAGAGAGAGACGAUAAAGUCGUAGCCAUCCAUGCUGCUAUGGGAGGAGGCACAGGGCUUAAUUUGUUCCAAAAACACUUCCCAGAUAGAUGUUUUGAUGUUGGGAUAGCAGAACAACAUGCUGUUACCUUUGCUGCUGGUCUAGCAACUGAAGGCCUAAAACCUUUCUGUGCUAUUUACUCUUCUUUCCUUCAAAGAGGUUAUGAUCAGGUGGUACAUGAUGUGGACCUUCAAAAGCUUCCAGUUAGAUUUGCAAUAGACAGGGCUGGCCUAGUUGGUGCAGAUGGUCCAACCCAUUGUGGAGCCUUUGAUGUUACUUACAUGGCUUGUUUACCUAACAUGGUAGUCAUGGCUCCUUCUGAUGAGACUGAACUGAUGCACAUGGUGGCUACAGCGGCAGCCAUCGAUGACCGCCCCAGUUGCUUUAGGUAUCCUCGAGGAAAUGGAAUUGGUAAAACUCUUCCACCAAACAACAAGGGGACACCUUUAGAGGUUGGUAAAGGAAGAAUUCUAAAGCAGGGGAGCAGAGUUGCUAUUCUGGGUUAUGGAACAAUAGUACAAAAUUGCUUGGCCGCAGCUGAGCUUCUGAAUAAAUUUGGCAUCUCAGCAACAGUGGCUGAUGCCAGAUUCUGCAAACCUCUUGAUGGGGAGUUGAUUAGGCAGCUAGCUAAAGAACAUGAGAUACUCAUCACUGCUGAAGAAGGAUCCAUAGGAGGAUUUGGUUCUCAUGUUGCUCAUUUCUUGUGCUUAAACGGAUUAUUAGACGGAAAUCUUAAGCUGAGGCCUAUGGUGCUUCCUGAUAGAUAUAUCGACCAUGGAUCUCAAGCAGACCAGAUGGAAGAGGCAGGACUCGGUUCAAAGCAUAUCGCAGCCACAGCUAUGUCAUUAAUAGGAGAGAAAAAAGAUAGCCUUCACCUGCUAAACUUAUGAGCCAAAAACACUUGUUCAAGUGUAAAAUCUAUAGCUUAUAGCAAAUGGGUCGUCCUCUUCAUUGAUUACUUUUGUAUAUGAAAGAAAGAAGAGUGCUCUCUAUGCAUAAAUAAGUUGAUAUUUGUACUGCAAUUUAAGCAAAACUAGGCAGGAAGAAAAGAAGCUUUCCUUGCAUGUAUUGAAUUCCAUUGUUUAAUUUCAUUAACAAAUUCCCAGCAA